CAAGCAUUAAACCGAUCCACGUGGUUGGUGACCUCUUUUUUGAUCGGUUAAUUAUACACUAUUUUAAAAACGAGUGAUAUUCCAUGGUGCACAACUUUUGGAAUAGUUGUAGUCACCGUUCUUGCCGGUUACGUCAUUAAGGCCAUCUGAAAUAAAUAAACAGAUCGAGCUUCCGUACCAUGGGCAGAACAGUGCCCAGACUAAUCUUCAGCGCAUCUGCUACUCUCUCCAGUACGCAUGAAGUGGAUAGCAGGGGACCGCUCUUUUCAUUCUCUUCCUGGAAAUACUCCAAUAAGGACUGUAGCUGCUGCAACUCAGCUCAUCGCCACUGGAUUCACAUGAAGUACCAGCAAUGUCAAUGGCCCUUGCAUGGUAGUCGUGAUCAUCUAUACUGCCUGCAUUGUGGAUCGAUGGGUUAGAUGCAAACAACUCCUUUGAUUCCUCAAGAUUUCUAGACCUUUUGACUUCCUUUUCUGAAUUGCCAGUCAGAUUAAUAUUCUCACUGUGCAUGAAGCAAUCCUAUUAAUCAAUAUAUCAAUCCAUAUUUGUGAAAAUUAACACUAUUGAUCACCAUAUUGCACAACAAUAUAUAGAAUACAAUUGAAAGCCGUGCCUGAGCAAAACUAAGCAAACAUCUUUAUGUGUCAGAGUUACCACCACGGGCGCCUGCAGGGAUUUUUCUCAGUGGGGCCGAUUAUAAUUGGAAAGAGAUAAUAUUUGUGAAAGUGUACCUGCCUCCAACACGUUUUACUUCAUACGCCACUGGACGAGGACGUAUUGUAAUCGUGAAAAAUUUCGAAAAUGAGAUAUUGUUUUUUUGGAUCUUAUAUAUGUACAUCACAAAAAACCAUGUCACUCAUUUUCCAUUGGACUGUCUAUCUGUCCGUUAGUCCUUUUAUAGAAGACUGAAGUUCUGAGAAGAGGCACAGCAACUAUUAGGUAUCUAUAUAUCAUACAAGAUGUCACUUGAUGAUUGGCCAUAAUUACAAGGGUGCAUUCCUAAAUCAAAAAGUACUUAGAAACUUCCAUAUGAACAAGUGUCUUAUUACAUUUAGUUUAAGAGGCAGUGGAGUCUCAGAGGGUAGUCUCAGGAACAAUAUUUUUUUUGGAAUAAGCAGUUUUUGUCCUUCAAAUAAAAACAACUUCAUUGGGGUUAGAUCUUAUGGCUGAUUAUUGUAGGCAGGCCUUUAAAGACCUAGAAAUUUUAACAUUGUGAACUGAGUUCUCCAUAUAAAGAACAACCUUUCCAUGUUCAGAAUCCAAAGAGAUGUUUACAGUUUUUAAUCGUCUACUGAAACACAUGUCAUGCUUAUAGAUAAAAAAAAUGUGAAAACCAUUUUAAUCUCUGGUGGUUCAGAUGAUUUUCU